GGGCGAACUCACGGUACCAUUGGUGCGUGGAAGUCGCCUUUGCGGUUAUGUGACCCUGGACCUCCAGUUGCGCUGUGAAGGCGGCACUCGCCUUCCCAAGAAGACCUCACGCGCGGGGCAAGGUGUCAGCAUGGCAGUCUAUGGUAGGCCACGGGGCCCCCCGGUGCAGCUGCGCCGGUCCUUGCGCGACGAGGACGCGGAGGAGGUGGUCCGCGAUUUCUCCUGGCAGUCGCUGCCCACGGCCGACACACUGACUGAUCUAAGCCCUCGACGCCGAGUCAGGACCCCUUCGCCCAAAAAGCAAGGGCCUCCGGAAGAAAAGACCUUCUUUGCGGCGCCACUACCUAGCAUGCCGGAGGACGUUCCGGAGGUCUCGGUGCCUCUGCCGGACCCCAACCAGCGAAGAGCCUCUCGGAAGAUCUUCUCCACGUUGCUGCCAGGUUUAUCGGAGCCACCGGUGAUCAAGCGCUUUGCGACAGUGCCACACCCAGAAGAAGAACCUCGAUCAGCAGACCCUCCUGGUCCUAGAGCCUUGACGCAUGCUGAGCCAAGACAUGGAUUGGGUGGACCCUCACCAGGUCCUGUGCCAGGACCUUCGCCGAGUCCAGCGGCUUCAAAUCCUGCAGGGCCAGGGCCAUGUGGACCCUCGCCAGGUCCAGCAGUUUCAAGACCAAGUGGGAUUGCAGGGCCAGGUCCUAUGGCAGGGCCUUCACCGAGUCCAGCGGCUUCAAAACCAAGUGGGCUUGCAGGGGCAGGGGCAGGGCCAGGUGGACCCUCGCCAGGUCCUAUGCCAGGGCUUUCACCGGGUCCAGCAGCUUCAAAACCGAGUCGGGUUGCAGGGCCAGGGCCAGAUGGACCCUCGCCAGGUCCCAUGGCAGGGCCUUCACCGAGUCCAGCGGCUUCAAAACCAAGUGGGCUUGCAGGGGCAGGGCCAGGUGGACCCUCGCCAGGUCCUAUGCCAGGGCUUUCACCGGGUCCAGCAGCUUCAAAACCGAGUGGGGUUGUAGGGCCAGGGCCAGGUGGACCCUCGCCAGGUCCCAUGGCAGGGCUUUCACCGGGUCCAGCAGCUUCAAAACCGAGUGGGCUUGCAGGGGCAGGGCCAGGUGGACCCUCGCCAGGUCCUAUGCCAGGGCCUUCACCGGGUCCAGCAGCUUCAAAACCGAGUGGGGUUGUAGGGCCAUGGCCAGGUGGACCCUCGCCGGUUGCAGGGCCAGGGCCAGGUGGACCCUCGCCAGGGCCCUCGCCAGGUUCCAUGCCAGGGCCUUCACCUGCUGCAGCCGCUCCAAAGCCAGGUGGGCUUGCAGGGCCAGGUGGACCCUCGCCACGUCCUGGGCCAGGUCCUUCACCAAGUCCAGUGGCUUCAAAACCAAGUCCUGCUUCAAAGUCAGGGCUUGCAAUGCCAGCGCCAGGUGGACCCUCAGCAGCCGCUGCAACUUCAAAGGCAACUUCAAAGGCUACUUUUUCAUCCGGCUUGAGCAGUAGUGACCGACCGGGUGACCGACCCUUUGCUCAUCUCGCUCGCGAUUAGUGCCAAUGUAGCCAUCCCAGCGAGAAGACAACGACGGCGUGAAUAGCGCCGAAUUGGAAUGGCAAAGCCAUAAGAAUAACA